AUGGAAUUACAAUAAAAAAUCUAAAAAUUGAUAGACUAAAUGAGGGAUAAUGUAAGUAAAGCAACAGGUAAAAGAAAUGAUAGUAUUGAUUAUUAAUUGUUGACUGAUUUAAGAAAAACUCAUAGAGAAUUAUAUAGAAGUAUAGAAGGUAAUAGGCGUACAAAUUAAUUGGAAAAAGAUUAAUUAGACAAAUAGACAAUCAAUUCUGAGUGUUUGAAAUAUUCUAAAACUUAAUUGUAAUUACAAAUAGGAUAAUUUAAAGCCUUACAAACAAAUCAUUAUAAUCAAAUAAAAAAACAACUUGAUUUGGAGGAUAAAAAUCCAUUAAAUAAUAAUAAAGAAAUUUUGCAUAAAUUAGAAACUGAAUUAGAAGUUAGAAGAGAAAAAAAGAAAAAAUAUGAAGAAAUUACAAAUGAAUUUGAACAUUUAUAAUAACACUAUGAAUAAAAGAAAUCAUAAUAUUUUCAAGUAUUACCAGAUUUACUUAAAUAAACAUAAUCACAUCUUAUACCUGCAUUAAAUAUGUUUGAAAUUCCUCAUUUAGCACUUCCAUCUCAAUAGGAAUUCUUUUAAUAAUUACCUUAACCAUUACAUUAAAUUUAUUAAAAAUUACAAACAAAAUUCAUACAAUUAGAAAUCAUUUCACAUCCAAUUGCAGAUAGUAUUUAUAAAUAAUCAUAAUUUGAAUUAAAAGUAACAAUAGAAUCUGGAAUAUUUGAUUAAAUUGCAUUAAAUUAUUUGGGAAUUAAAUUGGAAUCAUUUUAUGAAAAUAUAUACCCUUUUUCAUUUAGUAUAAGAUACUUUACAACAUUGGAUAAGAUUGUAUUUUAAGUUGAUCGAAAAAAUCAAAUAACUUCUGAAGAAUUAUUUUGUGGAUUAUUUUAAGGAGAUCCUGGAGAACCCAUAUUUGUAAAUGCAAAAAGUGAUGAAGAAAUUAAUAUUAAUACUAAAUAUAUGUCAUUUAGAUGGGCUAAAUUAUUAACUGGAUUUGAGUUGAGUGCUCAAGAAUUUUAUUUAUAAUUAUAAAAAAGAAUAUACAACAUAUAAUUAAUCAAAAUAUAAUUAUAGAAAUUGUAAAAAAAUGAGUUGCUUACAAAUUUUCCUGGAUUAAAUUUUGAAUAGAAAUAUCAAUUAAAAUAUUUUGGUAAUUGUUAAAUAAAUGAUGAUACUCCUUUUUGGUAUAAGUUUUGUUUAGGAGAAAGUUUAAUUUAUAAAUAAAAUAAAGAUACAACAUUAUUAGUUGAGGAUAAAACUUUAUAAUCAUAUAUUUAAUUAAAUUAUAGAUUUGAAGGCCAAGCUGAACAUCUUCAUGACUGUUAUAAAAUGGUAUUAGCUAAAGAAGACUAAUAAAUAGAGAUUGGUAUCAUAGUACCAUUAAGUUAUCCUCAAUAGUAUUAAUUUUAUAUAUAAGCAGGUCAGUACGUUAUUAGAUUUUAUCAACUUAAAAUAUAAAUAUUUCAUAAUAUGAAUUUUUCAUAAUAUGUAAAAAUCUUGGAAAUUGUUUAAUCGAAGGGCUUUAAUUAUCAUAUUAAAUAUUAAGAAUUAUUGAAUAAUUAUCUGAAAGAAGAUAAAAAAUGUAAUAUUUCUUAAAACAUUAAUGA